AUGGCGCAUGAAGCUGUCAUUCUGCGUUGCUCUGCUUCAAGCGACCUGAAGCCAACCAUCCUAUGGAUGUACGAUGGAACUUUUUCCUUACCUUCAGGAGCGACUGUUGACUCCUUGAAUGUUUUGACCAUUUUAUCUGCUAACAUAUCUCAUUCUGGUUCCUACACUUGCAAUGUGGCUGAUGCAUUCAGCUCAAGUCAAACAAGUGUCACCGUUUAUGUCAAAUACCCUGAAACCUGCAGCAAAGUAAAGACAAGCAUCAGCGACGUCAGUGGUGAUUACCUCAUCGAUCCUGACGGUGUUCUUGGCGAGGAUCCAUUUCCUGUACACUGUAACAUGACUGGCAAAGGAGGCGUUGGAGUGACAGUCGUCGGUCACGACAGUGAAAACAGAACGCAGGUGAUAGGAUACGAAAAGUGCGGUGAAUAUUUCGUUGAUAUUCAUUACAGAUCUGCCAGCAUAUCUCAGUUAAAAGCUCUGACGGAAGCCUCUGAUAACUGUCGACAGUUCAUCAAAUACGAGUGUUUCCACGUCACUUUAAUUAAAGAUGGAUAUUCAUGGUGGGUUUCACGUGACGGCCAGAACAUGAUGUACAGGGGGGGAGCAAACUUAAUAACUGGUGGCUGCACAUGUAGUUUAACUAGAUCGUGUGAUCAAAAUGAUCAAAAGUGGCGGGAAGACAGCGGUUUUCUCACCAUCAAGUCCCACCUUCCCGUCAAACAGCUAAGAUUUGGUGACACGGGAGGACGACAUGAAAAAGAAUACCACACCUUAGGAAAACUGGAGUGCUAUGGCAUGACCAAGGUGCAGACAAAAUUGAAAACAUGA